UAUUACACCUUGCUUCUUCAAAAUUUAAUCUUCCCUUUUCAUGACUCCAUUGUCUCCAAGCUCUAACUAAUACGACUAUAUUAGUUCAGUGAAAGCGUUGUGUUUAACCUAAGGGAACGUAUAGGUGAAUAUAAUGAUGCAACACACUCAAGUCACACCAAAUAUUGUUUUCAAGGCAGUGGAUCUUACCACGCUAGAAUAUCUAUAUAUACUUGUACUUUCUUUGUUCACUUCCUUGGAGCCUUAAACUACAUAUUUCCUACAUAUAAAGGACAGAUAUAUAAUAAUACACCAAGCUAUAAAAAACAUUACUAUUAGGUGCAUAAAGAUGGCAACAUCCAUGGACAUCGAAUGUGCUUACUCAACAUCACCAAUGAAGACAACCGAGCCACGAUUAUCAUACAAGAUAUCGGUCUCAAACAACGAUCAUCAUCAAAGAGUUUUGCAAAAAUGGAUGCAUACCGUGCUUUGCUACAAAAAGCAAAGUGAUAGUGAAGAUAAUGGGUUGCAUGCUAAGGGAUGGAUCAAGGAGUCCCUAGGAAAGGCCUUGUUAGAGCACCCUAUUUUGGCAGGAAGACUUCGAAAAUCUGAAAAUAAUAAUGGAGAUUUAAAUAUUGUGUCUAAUGAUAGUGGAAUUAGAUGUAUUGAUGUACAAAUUUCACUAAGUUUGGUACAUUUUCUUGAAUUGUCCAAGGAGAAGAAGAAUGAAGUUGAAGGCAAAUUGCUUUAUUGGAAAAAUGUUGAUGAAUCUAAUCCUAUAUGUUCUCCACUCUUCUACAUUCAGAUGACCAAAUUCAAAUGUGGUGGAUAAGUUGUAGCCUUCUCUUGACUGACCCUUUGUACAUGGCAAAGUUUCUCAACAAAUUGGCAAAAAUUCAUAUGAGCAUGAUCUAUGGAAGUGAAAUGUCGAAAACACUCUCGUGUAUCUACUCCUCUAAUUUCAAAUUCGGGUGCUCUGAACACGAAUAUGGUACAAUACAUGACUCAAGCAAUACUAGAAGAAAAACUUCCAAAACCAUGAUAUUCAACAUUUCAAUCGAAGAAACAAAACAUUUAGGAGAUGAAAUUUGCAAGUAUUUUGUGCUACACUGCUUAGAGAAGGUAGAGAACAUAUUUGGUAACAAAUUGGGUUCACCAUUCACUCUAAUUACCAAAGACCCAAAUGGAAAUUCCGAAGUUGAGAUUUUUACAAGACAAGCCAAUUUUACAUCACCCAAAGACUUGAAAUAUGAGCUUAAUUCUUCUAGUUGGGAAGAUUUGAGAAUUAAUGAUGUUGCUUUUCAAAGAGGAAAUGGGCCAAUUGAUGCUUCACAUUGGAUUUCUUGUGAUGCCCUUGAAGGAGUGGUCUUGGUUGUAAUUUCGGGCGCAAUCGAGGGCAAAUCUGGCAUACAUGUUUACGUCAACCUUCUGUUUGGUCAAUCAACUUGUUACUUUGUUUGUAUCUUUUGUCGGAGUCUUUGACUCGUUCCAUACUAGAAACAAUAGUAGGAAAUCCACUGUAUUUCUUGUCACCAAAUUUUUCAAAAAAAAAAAAAAAAAAUGCUUUAUUUAAAUUAGACCUAUGGACGAAUAUGAAAGCAUGCGUUUCAUGCUUGUUUGAGUGAAUAAA